ACGUCAAUGGGGCGAGCAUUUUCGGUCGAAGUAGAUUCAACUUUGAUUUCAGUCAUUCAUCAGUUGAAUCAAGUUAGGUUAUUGGUUCGCAGUGAGUGAGACUACUCAAUUCUUGAUUUCUUCUCGUAACAACCAAGUCAAGAUUCUUUUCUUCUUCUCUUCUUCUCGAGUCAAAUUCAUAUCAGCGAGGGUUUAGAACUGAAAUUCAAUGUCUCAGACGAAGAAAUUGACGCCGAAUCUCGAUCAGAGCAGCACCAAGUUGCUCAAUCUCACUGUUCUCCAACGAAUGGAUCCAUUCAUCGACGAGAUUCUCUUCACCGCCGCGCACGUCUCGUUCUACGAUUUCAACAUCGAAACCAGUCAGUGGAGUCGCAAAGAUGUUGAAGGAUCUCUGUUUGUCGUCAAGAGGAAUGCUCAACCGCAGUUUCAGUUUAUCGUUAUGAAUCGCAGAAAUACAGAAAAUCUAGUGGAGAAUCUAUUGGAUUUUGAGUAUGAACUUAAAAAUCCAUACUUGUUAUAUCGGAAUGCGUCGCAAGAAGUUAAUGGUAUAUGGUUUUAUAAUGCAGAAGAAUCUGAAGAAGUUGCAAAUCUCUUUAAUAGGAUUCUUACUGCACACCCAAAGGAGCCUUCAAAUACGACAGUGCCUUCUAACAAAAGUAGUGAGUUUCAGGAACAUGACCUAGUGUCACUCAUAACCAAAAGCCCUGUAGAGUCAUCUUCAGCUGCGGCUACUGCAACUGAUGCUGUUGGAGAUUCUGUAUUGAAAAAUUUCUUCAAUGCACCUAAGUUUGCUGGACCUUAUGCUUCUAAUGUAGAUAGUUUUCAGCAGCCCUACCAUUCUGCGAGUGUCAAUUCUACUGUUCCCGGUGUUUUUUUGCCUCCUGUACAUUCUCUUCAAAUGCCGUCUACUUCUUUUGAAAGAAUUAACAGUGGCAAUCCGGUUACGAAUCUUGUUAAACCUUCCAAUUUUCUUGCACCCAACCCUUUAUUACCAUUAAUUCCACCUGUUUCUUCACCUGUGCCACCUAGUGCGGCUGUUCAUCAUUCCCAGAAUCUGCCACACGAAUAUGGCACUCCACUGCUUCAACCCUUCCCACCACCUAGUCCUCCUUCUCUUACCCCUCUUUCUAUCUCCAUGCUAAAUAGACCGGUUAUCAGCAGGGAUAAAGUCCGUGAUGCACUUAUAUCACUGGUUCAGGAGGAUAAAUUCAUUGACAUGGUGUUUGAGACGUUACUGAAGACUCAUAAUUCAUGAGUAAUCGAACUUCAAAGGUUGGGUGAAAACAGCAUAUAAACUUAGUUCUGUAUAUGGUAGUUACUCUCCAACACAUCUGACUCAACCAUGGCAUCCUUUUGUGUAACUUUAGUUUAGACUUUUGUCUGUCUGGUACUUUGGUCACAACUUUGCAUAUCUGUAUUGGCCGCUUCCGCAGUACACUUCCAAAAUUAUAUAUGCACACUAUCCUUGCCAUUGAAUUUCUGUAUGUAUACGGGGACAGUAAUGGAAGAAAAGAAAGAUUAAAAUCUUAAAUAAUUUUAGUUUGAUCAAUUGGCUACUGUCCUUGCGCAUACACAAAUCUAAUGGUAAAAACAUUUCCAUGUAUUCUUACACUUCCAAACUCUAGUAUGUUGUAGAAAUAGCCAUAUUACUGUCAGUUUACUCCUAAAACUUCGUGGUACUUGUGCUCUUUUGCACAAAUGUGGAGGUUCUAUUGGUUGUUUCUGUAUGUCAACUCUUUGUUAUUGAGUAGUUGAGUUAUCGGCCACAUUGUGAAUACUCAAAUUUUGAUAGUAAUAUAAUGGAAUAGGUUGUGUUGAGAUAAA